AUUAUCUAAUAAAACAUCAUCAUCAUUAUCAUCACCUUCACCAUCAUCAUCAUCAUCGUCAUCAUCUACAUCAUCGUCGAUAAGAAGAAAUGAUAAAACAACUACAACAACAACACCGAUACGUUAUCUAGGUAGAGGAUUAGAUUAUCGUAAUCAAUCAAUACCAUACAAAGAUGAUCCAAUCGAACGUAUAUCAAAAUUAUUGGAACAAAAUCAUACACUUUAUACAUAUCAAUAUGAACAGGUUAAAACUAUGAACGAAAUAUUUGAACGUGGUCUUCAACAAUCUAAAAAUGGAAAAUGUCUUGGUCAAUACAAUACUGAAACAAAAACAAUAGAUUGGUUUAAUUAUUAUGAUGUUAUGCAACGUAUGAAAUUAAUAGCCGAUGGUAUUAUAAAAUUAUUUAAUCUUAAACCAAAAAAAUCAUUAUUAGGAAUAUAUUCAAUUAAUUGUAUGGAAUAUACAUUAAUUGAAUAUGCUUGUUAUCAACAUUCAUUAGUUAUUGUACCAAUAUAUGAUACAUUAGGUUCAAAUAUAGCAUCAUUUAUUGCUAAUCAAGCUGAAUUAACAACAAUUGCUUGUGAUACAAUUGAACGUUUAGAUCGUAUAUUAGAACAAGCUCAAUUAUUUCAUCAUCUUAAACAUUUAAUUUGGCUUAAAACUAAUGAUCAACAAAUUACAAUUGAAAUUCGUAAUAAAGUAAUGGAAAAAGGUUUUCAAUUAUAUACAUUAAAAGAAAUUGAAACAACAGGUGCAGAUAAUCCUAUUCACGAUGAUAAUAAACCAAAAAUAAAUGAUUUAGCUAUAAUUUGUUAUACAAGUGGUACAACUGGUACACCAAAAGGUGUAAUAUUAACACAUGAAAAUAUUAUUGCAAGUAUUACAUCAAUAUCGAUACAUUUAAUGGAUCAACAUGCUACUGUUGAUGAUAUAAUGAUUUCAAUAUUACCAUUAGCACAUAUGUUUCAACGUAUUGGUGAGGCUGCCGUUUUUAUUGAAGGUGGGAAAGUUGUCUAUUAUUCUGGUGACAUACGACAGCUUGCACAAGAAAUUCUAAUCAUAAAACCAACAAUAAUGUUGGCUGUACCACGUUUAUUGAAUCGUAUACAUGAUACAAUCUAUUCUAAAGUUCGUAAUAAUAUUCUAAAACGUUGGUUAUUACAUUUAGCAUAUAGACAAAAACAUAAAUAUUUAGCUAGACACGUGAUACGUAAUAAUACCAUCUGGGAUCGUUUAGUAUUUAAUCGUGUCCGAAAAAAUUUUGGUUCAAAUAUUCGUUUGAUUUGUGUUGGAGCUGCACCGCUUAGUUCGGAUGUUUUAGAUUUUCUUCGUGUUGCUAUUGGUUGUGUGAUAUCUGAAGGUUAUGGCCAAACCGAAUGUGUUGGACCAUGUACAGCAACAUUGAUGGGUGAUGAAACAACUGGACAUGUUGGACCACCAUUAGUUAGUUGUAUUGUUAAAUUAGUUGAUGUACCAGAAAUGGAUUAUAAUAGUUGUGAUGGACGUGGUGAAAUUCUAGUCAAAGGACCAAUUGUAUUUCAAGGAUAUUUUAAAAUGCCACAAUUAACAUCCGAUACAUUAGAUAAAGAUGGUUGGUUACAUACUGGUGAUAUUGGUUAUUGGAGUUCGGAUGGUACAUUACGUUUAAUUGAUCGUAAAAAAAAUAUAUUCAAAUUACAACAAGGUGAAUAUAUUGCACCGGAAAAAAUUGAAAAUAUUCUUAUCAAUAGUCAAUGUGUACAGCAAAUAUUUAUACAUGGAAAUGUAUUCAAAUCAAUGUUGAUUGCAAUUAUUGUACCUGAUUUAGAUUAUAUUCAAUCAUUAAGUCAUCAACAACGAUUAAAUUUACAACAACCAUUAAAAGAAUGUACUGAACAACAAUUAAAUAGUCAACCAUUACAAACGAAUCGAUUAAAAGAAUUAAUUAUCAAUGAUCUAAAACGUAUUGGUCAAGCAAAUGGAUUAAAAUCAUUUGAAUUACCUAAAAAUAUUUAUUUAAGAAAAAAAUUAUUUACUAUUGAAGAUGGUCUACUUACACCAACAUUAAAAUCAAAGAGAAAUGCCAUCCAUAAUUAUUUUACAAAAGAAAUAGAAAUGCUAUAUAAAGAAUUGGAACAAUAAUGGAAAUAAACCCAACGAAAAUCCGGCAACUACUACUACUACAUCUAUAGAUAAAUCUUUUACUUUCAUCAUCAUCAUCAUCAUAUUCCAGGAGAAACACAAAAAAAA